CUUUCCGCAUGGAAGAGGACAGAUUGAGUUUGGCCAAUGAUAUGAUGCGAUUGGCUUAUCAAUCGAAGUUAGCCUUUUUUCUACCAAGGAAAGGAAAACGAAUUCCCCAGCACAACAGCAUCGCUCAGCUCCUAAGCAAGAAAAUAAAAAUUAAAGAGGUGAAGGCCGCGACAUUCAUCCGACAAUCUCCUUGCUCAAUAGGACACCCCCCGGAAAGUUCUCAUUAGUUCAGAUCCUUCUUGGUAUCAUCUCAAGCUAUCUAUUUCACAAAAUUUGGUUGCUUAUUCGGUCCACCAGCCGAUUCAACCAACGUGUUACAUACAGCAAGCAUUCUCACAUUGAUUUUACGAUACAGCAUUAUACAGCAUUAUUUCGCCAACCAUCGGGCCAAAUCCCCCAUUCUCUGUCCGUACCGUUCCUAAUUCGACCUUAUUUUUGGAGCCGUGUAUUCAAAGGGGUAUGUUCCGAUCUUCCAAUUCUCUUUUCAUUUCCCCAUGCAUCUUAUCCGUACAAAUUCCGGGAAGUUGUACGGACUGGCUUGCUAUUCAAAUCAACACGCACCACGCCCAGCUUACCGCUUCGUCGCUGCCUUACCUCGGAACUACCGCAAAUUCACCCUCAAAGUCACUCGAUUGACCCAUCCCUCACUACUUGGAGUCGAACCAAACGUGACCUUUAUAAAUAAUCCUUUGCAACAAUAGGUAAUUUUUAGUCACGUUUGGUCACGCUCCAUGCUCCAUGCUCCACGCUCCAGCCUCUCCAAUGUUACCAUUUACAUUCACUUGGAACAGCAUUCAUCAAUCGUCAAUCGUCAAGCAUCAAUCAAAUCAACACAAAUACGUACCUACUACUAUCUACCCACACCCACACCCACAAUUCGAUCAUUCUGGAUCUUCCAAUUGCCAUGGAUAAUUGACUAACACAACAUAUUCUGUUUUAGAAAACAUUAUUUGUGACAACUAUUUUUAAUAAUUCUAUUAUUUUCAUUAUAGGUAGGUUAAAAUGUGAAUUUCUUUCAAAUUCACCAUCUAUCUCCCUUUUUGACCCUUUGACGCUCCGUUCCGGCCUUCUGAUUGAACGAGGCGAGGUAUUUUUAGGGCGUUACUUUUUUAGUCACUAAUCCUAAUCUUACAUUAGCGCACAAUUCAGGUGAAGAGAGACUCCGAGACUUGUCAAAACAAUUUGGGACAUCAACAGCGCGCGUCGAUAGGUAAGACCUUACCUUUCAUUCCUAUCCUUCCUUAUGUUAUAAAGAUGUCACGAGACAUAUUAUAAUUAUUGAUGCGCACAUUGAUUGAGAAUUGUUGAUGCUGUUGAUCAUAAGUUGAUGAAGCAAUCCCUUUCCCCCUUUGCUUCAUUUGACCCAUCAGCGCGUCGCGACAUCAUCGCGCCAGUCUCUAUCUUUUAUUUUUGCAUCUCUAUCUUCAUCUUAAUGGAUUUCAAUGGAUCCUAACUUAACUUUGAUGAUCGCUGACACUUGUGCGCAUUCGCAGAUGGGUUGCCACUACUAUCAUCCACAGACAUGAGCUCCUGGAUGAACGACGCUGCCGUCCAAAAUCAUAAUGGCGCAGGCUUUAAUCACAUUAAUGAAUCGAAUCCUGGAGGAAAUAUGAUGGACCCAUCGGGUUUUAUGUCCACUUCAUCAUCCUUUGAUCCCAAUCAAUUCCAGAAUCAACAAUUACAACAAAGAAUGCAAAAUGGUGGAAUGCGCAAUGGAUCGCCAGCUUUCAAUAACCCUGUGUAUCAGACCAAUCCUGUGAUUCCAUCAAAGAGACCAAGGCCAAGGGAAGAUAGUUUAGGUACUUCACCGAGGCAAGCUUCUGGCAUGUUACCGAACUCUCGCUCACACACUCCACAACAAGCUGCUUAUCCCGGGUUUCAACCUAAUAAUGUCCUUCCACAACAUGCGCCUCAACAGAAUCCAUAUUCACAUCUACAAAAUGGAUCAAGCAACGCCAGUCCGUCUCCUAUCAUGGCUAACCAGCUACGUCCUGGCGGUGUACCACAACGAGUCUCUACAGCUUCACCUCAUCCAUUCUCACCUUCACAAUCCGACCAUGGCAGCAGAGUCGAUACACCACAAAGUAGUACAUUCGCUCAGAACACUCCAUAUGCACCUGCAUAUAGUCAAAAUUUUACCCCCCCACCUGGACGAACUUCGGCACCACCACAAGGCGUGAUGUCAACACCACAGAUGCCAGCUACAAUGUCACAACCUCAGAUGUAUAAUCAACAGGUCCCACCACCGAACCAUCAGUCGCAACAGAAGACAUCUCUGGAUCAGACUAGGCAAAUGUACCAGAUGCGACUACAACAGUCACUCCAGCAACAACAGCAACAGAGCAAUUUACAUGCUGCGCAACGACAAAAUAUGUCACCCAGUGUGAAUCCAUUAUCUCAAGGGCAAAUGAUGCAAGCACCAAAUGGCCAAUUUACUGGCAUGCGACCUCAGCAGCCUUCAUUGGCCCAAAAUCAAAACCAGAACAACUUCCUCAAAAGCUUGGCUACAUUCAUGCAGUCAAAAGGUCUUCCUUUAGAGACGAAUCCAUUCGUAGGUGAUCGGCAUAUCAAUAUUUUUGUGUUGUAUAUGGCAGUUACCAAAUACGGAGGCUACAGGAAUGUCACAACACAAAAUGCAUGGGGGCAAAUCGCGCAAGCCAUUCAAAUACAUCCUUUGAGGUACCCAAAUGUGCCUCCGCAACUUAAAGCUUUAUAUGAGAGAAAUCUCCUUGCGUUCGAGGAGGCUAUCAACACAAAUAUGCAACGACAGAGAGCAGCUGCAAUGAAACAGGGCGCUGGCAUGGGGGUGGCCCAGAUGUCGCCCACUAAACAAAUGCCUCCAGCGAACUCUUUGCAAGCGUCACACUAUAUGCAACAGCAAAUGGCCCAGCAGCAACAUCUUCAGCAGCAACAGACUACUCCUAUGAAGCAAAUGACGCCUCUACAUCAUGGUCAACAACCUGUCAUGAAUGGUUUCUCAACACCACAAGCCCCACAAGCACAUCCGCUAGGGUCUCAGAGUCAUGCUCGAGAUAGUCUCUCGAGGAGUGUUGAGGCUACGCCGCCGCAAAACAAUGGCGUCUACCCGAUACCGUCUCCAGCCUCGGUGCCAAAAUCUGGUAGUAUAUCAUUGGCAUCACCUCAUCCCAACAUGGUACCAUUAGAUGACCAAAUUCAAGAUGAACUAAUGAAUGUUGCCCUCCCAGAGAAACUAAAGGUAUUUUCGCGGGUUCCUGAUGACAACGGCGGUUACCUUGGCCUAUCGACUCUUCGUGAAACCGGAACUCAAUUGCUGAAAUUGAAGCCGGAUUUUCCGCCAUUGACUGAAAUUGGUACCAUUGACGUCCAUGCCUUAACCAUGAGUCUUCAAUCGGCACUGCAUGCCGAAGUUCGUCUGGCUUUAGAUACUCUGGCGCUUGUGUCCUCGGAACAGCGCCUACCUAUAGAAUUGAGGUAUUGUGACGAUCUAGUCGAGACACUUGUUGAUUGCGCCGAGGAGCAAGUCGAAUUAUUGGCCGAGAACGCAGCAGAGGUUUCGGAUAUGAUGCUCAUAAAUUCAUACGAAGAUGUUGUCCGCGCCUGUCAGGCUGAGAAGGAAAGCCUACAAGAUAUUCCACCGUUUGGAUCAGAAGAGUACCAGGUGGACCGAGCUGUCGAGAAGUUAAUUUGCAUAACCAGCAUUAUGCGAAACCUUUCAUUUCAUGAACCGAAUCUUUUGUUCCUUGCAGAGGAGUUUGUUAUCAAAUUCUUCUGCGUAGUAAUAAGAUAUCUGGGAACUCGAAAUAUGCUCCUCAGGACGAAUCAAAACACGCUAGAAUUUAUGAAGGAUGGCGUUGUUUUACUAUCAAAUAUCGCACAUGAGAUCAAGCUACCUGGUCGCGAACAGGCAUUAUGUUUAUUGCAUUUCCUUUUAGCAUUCGCCCCCUGCCCGCCUCCAAACACAAUAGGAUCUGAUAAAAUCACCUUCUCGCAGUACGAGCCAACUAUCCAUUAUUAUAUCUAUCCCGCUAUUGAUAGUCUUGCUAAGCUUCUUGCGCGGGAUGAACCAAACCGAACGCAUUACAAAACGAUUUUUGCCUCUGACGUGUCUUCCUCCCCACCUUUCGACCUUCUGACAAGAACAUUCGCUCUGUCUAUUUCGGUGAUACCUGACCAGCAGAAGGAUCCUAAACGGGGAACAUUUUUACCUUUGGUGGAAGCACGAAAGCCGAUGUUGAUGCAAGGCAUACUAGCCGCAGAACUGCUGGCAAAUCUUGCACCAGGAUAUGAUAGUGGCAUUGCGAAAGCCUGGUUGACUUCAGAGGAUGGAUUUGCAAAGAACCUUUCGCACCUUGUAUUAACAUUAUGCCACGAAGUUCCACAGGGUCCUUCGCACGGCAGAGUUUCUGCCGUGCCCAAAACGGCCGAGGAAGAGGCAAUAUUACAUAUCAUUCUUGGUGGCAUUGGAAUAUUACGUCGACUGGCUGAGAAGUCACGAGACCCUGAAGACCUGACCUCUAUGAUACCCAUACCUGGAAUGCCAACGACGGAACGAAUAAUAAAACUACAUGAACGCAAGCAGCCUAGGCUGAAGGAGGCAUUGCGACAAUUGUGCACUUUUACAAGUCUUGGCUAAUGAGCGAUUGGGUUUUCAUAAAUGUACUAAGGUUUAUAGACGCAUGAAUCAAUAGCGUAUGGAGUCGGCGUUUGUAAUUUGAUAUAUCUGCCUACUCAGCGUGGCAUU